AUGAUGACUUCUACGGGAAUGGGUGCAAUUCAAUGGGGAAUUCGAACAAAACGUAUACGAAAACCGUUCACAUUUUCUGGGGCUAGUCAAUAUACAGUGUGGAAACACGCACACCCUGUAUCGAUCCAGGCGCACCGCCAACACGAGACCCUCGGGGUUGGCGUGACUGCGACUCUGCUUCAUCACCUCAACAUCGUCUUAGUUGCUAUGGAUACCACUGACAGCCACGAGCGCGACAUUGAUGUGGAACCAAUGCUGAAGAGGCAAAGAGAAGAUUCUUCUCAAAAGACGGACACGCAGGAUGAUACUGCUGGACAACCAGAUUCGCCUGAAGCACGAGAUCGAGAGCCUAGCCCUGCAAUGGCGGAAGCUCACAAACGAAUUGAAGAAUUCACACAAAAGGAUCCAUGA